AUGCCCCACUGUUGUGCUCAUAAAUGCAACAAUCAGUCAGAUAAUAAUGAUAAAGUAUCGUAUCAUAAAUUUCCCGCGGACCCUAAAUUAGCGCAAGUGUGGACCCAAAAGCAUGCUCAACAACAGAGCGAAGAAAAUGGGAAAGAGCCAUCGCGCAAAAAGAUAAUUCUAAAACUGGUACCAGGGGCUGUACCAACAUUGUUUGCUUAUGUUGAAAAGAAAUCAAGUAGAGAAACAUCCUCGAAGAGAUCAGAAGCUAAGCAACGCUCUGAUAUUGUGAAAAAUCUAUUGAAAGAGCAUAAGUCCAACAAGGAUUCAUCGUGUGACCACAAUAUACCAGAAAUGUUACGAUGUUAUUGA